CCUUGUAACAACCCACACACCUGGCCGGCGAGCUCGCUCACCUCAGCUCAGCCUCACACGCCGAGCCCCAAACAACGCCCACUGGACGCCUCAUCAUCGUAGCAGCCAUUGCUCGUGCCGGACACAGCAGCUGCGACACCGCCGCCCCGACAGAAAUGCCCUCGUAAAGAGCCUCGCGCAAUGGGCCAGGCACACUCGGGCGAGCAACCGCGUCAGCGCUCCCGCGAGCAGCUGGCGCAGGAGCUUGCUCUCAGGUUCAAGGACAAGUGCUUCACGUCCCUCGAGUACUACUCCCUCAAGGAUGUCUUCAAGAGCCUCGCGGACCAACAGGGCCAGGUCCGCUACCUUAAGGAGGACACCAUCGCCCGCUUCCUCGAGAUCCCCGACAUCCUCGGCGCGUCGCCAGUGGCCUUCCAGAUGGUCUCGUACCUCGGCGCAUUCCCCUUCCUGCAGGAAGCGCCCGUCGUCCUGGAGCUGCCACAAUUGAUCAUGGUUGUCGUCAUCAUGACGGAGCGGUACAAGCGCGUCCUGGCCAAGGCGUCGACUGACCGUACCAAGCUGCUGUUCAAGAGCUUGGCAGUGUACGACCGCAAGCUCUCCAACGCGGCACCCGCGUCGCAACCCAUCACACCAGAAGACACGAAGCCGGCGGGCCCGGCGCGUGCUUCCGGCUUUGCCGUAGACGUGCCGGGAGAUGACGAUUUGGACAAGGGCGAUGAUGAUGAUGACGACGACCUGGUUUUGACCGCCUACGAGCUCCUGGACGUCUCCGAGGCUGUCAGUCGGGGAAGCGCGCCCGAGUUCCAUGGUGCCUUGAUCCCGACCGACAACUUCCGCAAACUGGUCAUGCUGCUGCUGCUUGCCGCCCCUCUUGACCCGCAGGAGAGCCUCGCCCAGUACUCGGCCCGAGUCGUGGGCAACGAGCUAGAGGCCUUGCGGUCCGUCGCAGGGAGCAUCUUGGCCGCCUUUGUCGACGCCGAAACAGCCCCCGGCAUUCGUUAUCGUCACUUCAAGACCAUCAUCCCCGUGCUGUUUCCUUAUCUUUUCAACGGGUUCAAUGGCCUGUUCGAGCACUUCCUCUUUUCCAAAAAUAUGGACUUCUCCAAACACGUAGACCCCUCCAAGGCCGUUCCCGCCGAGCCCUCAAAGAUGGCACAGCCGCUGUUGUCAGACAAAGGCGACAUCCUCAACGAUCACCUACUGUCGCAAAUGUCAAUGUUCCUGCCUGGCUCCUCGUUAUUCCGGAGGGUGCGCCGCCUGUACUCCGGAAACGACGCGGGCUUCUCCAUGGGUGGCUUUCAGUCCAAAGUCUUCAACUGGAGGGCGCCGACUAUUCUCCUGGUGAGCGGCACCCGCCUCAACGACGUGCCAGACGGCGGACAGGAGACGGCGUUUGCCGAGUCGCUCCCGCCCAAGAGAUUUCCCCAUGGCAGUAAGUCGGACCGUGUCACGUUUGGUGUGUAUGUGCGUGAGCCUUGGAAGCAAACGCACAAGGAGUGCUUCGGCGACUCGGAGACCGUCUUGUUCCAGCUCGAGCCCAUCCACGACGUCUUUCCAGCCUCAACACUCAACACGGAUUAUGUCGCCUUCACCCAGCCUCCCGCCAAUCAGGCUGGGGUUUCUUUUGGCUGCCCGCACCCCAAACCGACCAAGUCCAGCCGCAGGCACGAAAUGCAUUCGCUAGGCGCCGUCUCCCUGCUCUUUCACGACUCUUUCGAGUUUGGCGUCUUCAACCACGAUUACAGCUCCCGAGGAGGCGCGUUCCACACGAGCAUGGUGCGAAAGUUUGAUUUCCAGGACCGUUUUCAAAUCGAGCAGCUCGAGGUUUGGGGGUGCGGAGGAGACGACGAGGCCAAGGCCCAGGCCGAGAGAUGGGCGUGGGAGGCGAGGGAGGCGGAGGCGCGGCGCAAGAUCAAUCUCGGCACGGGCGACAUAGAAGCGGACCGCGCGUUGUUAGAAAUGGCCGGUAUCAUCGGGGGGAAUCGCAGCGGCGGCUCAAUGGCGUGAUGACGUCUAGCCUCGGCGCGACGGAUGCUUCAGUUUCGGCUCUUGGCGGUUCAUUAUCAUAGAGCGGCAUCGAAGUUAUAUGCCGGGCGCUGCGCAAUCCAAC